AUGGGGGAUCUUAACCUUCUAAAACCAUAUGCCGUUUUUGAACAACUAUUUGAGCAGAAGAUUAGAAUAGAAGACAGGGAUUGUCUCGAGUUUGCUGAUAUAAACGUCGCUGCUGGUGUCUUAACCUCCUGUCAUGGUUCAGCUCUUGUCAAAGUCGGAAAAACUCAGGUGAUUGCAGGUGUAAAGGUCAAGGUAAUUCCAGAAAGCGGAAACUCAGGCAACAUAACCUGCAAUGUCGAGUUUGCUGGUCUCUGUCAUAGAGGUUCACGUUUAAAUGCUCCACAACCUAAGUAUGCUCAGUGGCUAUCUUCUACAAUUCAAAGACUCCUGAAUAAUUUUGCAUUCCCAUCUAUUGAAAACCAGCUAAACAUAUUCUCAAUAAAUGACCCAGACACACUUACACCGGUAGCUUCCUACACUUUGAAGCUCGAUGUCUUCAUCCUUCAUGACGAUGGGUGCUUACUAGAUGCUUGUGUCCCCGCUGCACUUGUUAGUCUUUGUACAACAAAGUGGACAAAGUUAUAUGCGGUUACGGAUGAACAAGCUGCGGGAUCCUAUUUAGAAUUAUAUAAACCAGGACCACGAAAUGAGACAAAAUCCCUAAAAAUGAAUGAAUGGCCUGUUUCACUGUCUUUCUGCUUCGUUCCUCGCCCGGUUGCUGAUAGAAAGUCAAAGACAGUCCCUAUUAUUGCCCAACCAACGAAACGAGAGUUAGAUAUUUGGGAUACCGAUGCUGGUCCAGUACACAUAACUGUUUCUCAGGGUGCUGUCGUCGAUCUUUCUGUGGUCAGUGCAUUUUUAACGGGUCUUUGGGACAGUUUAUUUGUAACGAGUGCAAAUGAAAGUAAUGUAGUCAACUCAUGGGAAGUUUUGUUUGAUUCUGCCGUUUCUCACGCUCAGAAAGUUCUACAGAUAAUCCAAAAGGCAGUAAACUAGUUUGUAUAGUUCACGACAAUUAUCAUAUGAAUAUUUAUCUCGUGCAAAUACAUCUAUAAGAAGAUUUUGUUUUGUGCAGUGAUGUUUUAUUUCAUACAGAUUGAUAGUUAUCUGAUUUUAUUUAUAUGAAAAUUCUUCAUCGAAACAAGUAAUGUUCUCAAAACGGCCCUGUGUUCACUGUAACUAGUUCGGGAAUUUUCAACUGUUUUGAUGAUGGCAUUGUUCAGUGAAUGUCAGUCAAAUGUGUUUCAUUGUGCGUAACACUAUCUUUUCUAAAAAAUUUCAGCCUUACUACUUUUUUUGUAUGGUAUACAAUAAAUUUGUUAAUCUCACUUUAAGAAAAUAAAACUUAUUGAAUAUUAAAAUGGAAAUCGUUUUGCUUAGCAAGAUAAUAUCAU